AUGAGGACGACGGAGGAAGACAAAUUGAGGGACGAGGGAGAGGCGGCUGCGUGGCGUGAGACACGCCAAGACGGCGACGGGGACGAGUGGCAGACCGACGACGAUGACCGACCGACCGACCGACCGACCGAAGAACGAACGAACGACCGACGGAGAGAGACUUUAACAAACGGUGGUCUGGUGUCGACUUCGACUUGUGGCGACGACGACGGCGGCGGCGCGGCGGCAGCGGCGGCGGCGACGGCGGCGGCGGCGGCGACGACAGCGACGGCGACGGCGAGCCGGCCAAUGAGCGACGACGGCGCAAAAGUGGCGAUCGCUCAAAAAACCGUCUCGUCGCGUCGCGCCGCGCCGCGCCGCGCCGCGCCGCCACGUCGUCGCGACGGCCGAUUCUGUUCUGCACGGCGGCGUACGCGCCGACAUGCAUGCGUGCAUAUGCGUGCAUUUCGUGAACGUGCGCGCACGUUCGCGUCUGGUCGAUGCGAUGACGCGACGACCCCGACCGACCGACCGACUCAUAGUCUGUGUCCUGUUGUCGCGCUGCCGGUCCGGUCAUCAGGACCCCUGUCCGGUGGCCGUCACCAACGCCGUGUCAGUCGUGACCUGCACCAUCAGGCACGGCCACUGCUGAUUCAUGCCUCGCGACGACCGCUACCAGUCGUCGGCGUCGUCGCCGGCCGGUUGGCCCCUGUAAUAAAACCAGCUUGCAAACUCGACGACAGCGACAGCUACAUGUAA